CUUGACCUCGGAGCUCCAGCAGCUUAGGGAGACAGAUGUCGAAGCACGCAACCUGAUGAAGAAAGUUAGAAUCUGGAGCUGCAGAGCAGUUUACCACCCACCUGCUGGACCCGGCUUUUAAAGUGACUUUGAAUUCUGAACCUAUGUAGGUGCUGCAGGAAGAAAAUGGUGGUCUUCGUGAAUGCAAAGCUUAAAUCUUUCUUUAAACUUUUCAAGAAGAAAACGGUUUCCAACUUAGACGAGGAGAGUCGAUGGACAGUCCACUACACAGCACCCUGGCAUCAGCAGGAGAAUGUUUUUCUUCCCAGUACGAGACCCCCCUGUGUUGAGGAUCUGCACCAACAAGCCAAGCUCAACCUCAAAUCAGUGCUGAGGGAGUGUGACAAGCUGAGGCGCGAUGGAUGUCGAAGCUCUCAGUACUAUUCUCAGGGACCCACCUUCGCAGCCAGCUCCAGCCCGGGCGACGAUUAUCAAGAUGAGGAUGCAGAAACGGACCGAAAGUGUUCUCUCUCCUCAUCUGAAGAAGAGAGAUUUAUCGGCAUCAGGAGACCUAAAACGCCAACCUCAGCUGACUUCUCGGACCUUCACACCCAGACGAACUGGACCAAGUCCCUGCCGCUGCCAACACCCGAAGAGAAGACGCGGCAGCAAGCCCAGACGGUCCAGGCUGAUGUUGUUCCUAUUAACAUAACUGGGGAGAAUUUUGAUCGUCAGGCCAGCCUUCGGCGGUCUCUAAUUUACACAGACACUCUGGUAAGACGGCCGAAGAAAGUCAAAAGGAGAAAGACUAUUUCAGGAAUCCCUGACAUCAUUCAGAAGGAGCUAGCAUCGGUCACUGGCCAAGAUGAUGAUGGAAGCGGUCAUUCAGGGUACUCCCCGGACCACUACUCUACGCUAGGAAGGCUUGAUAGCUAUCGGUCUCCCGGGCAGCGCUCAGAAACCAGGGACUCCAGCUGUCAGACUGAAGAUGUGAAAGUCAUCCCACCGUCCAUGAGGAGGAUCAGGGCGCACAAAGGGCUAGGCAUCGCGGCCCAGAUGAGCCACUUCUCGGGCUCCUCUGGCAACAUGUCUGUGCUGAGCGACUCCGCCGGCAUCGUGUUCCCGUCUCGCCUCCGCAACGAUGCCGAUUUCCACAGUCUCCCCCGUUCUGGUGCCAGAGCGAGCACCUAUUCACUGGAGGCAAGGAUGGGUGCCCUGGGCUCUGCUGAGGAUGUGGAUGAUACUUUUCCCUACCCAGGGGGUAACUCACGGGGCCAUGAAAACUUUGCACAUUUAGGAGGUGCCUCCAGGUCUGGAAUGCUUUUGAGACCCAAAUCCCAGCCACUGAGGUUCUCAGAGGGCGAGAACAUAGCGAGUCCAGCGUGUGUGGUUUCGCCUCAUGCAUCCUACUCGACCAGCAUCAUCCCGAAUGCCACGCUGCUGUCUUCCUCAGAGGUUAUUGUUAUUCACACCGCUCAGAGUGUAGGACAGCUGGACAGUCGAACGCCAGGCUCUUCCACGUACUCAAAGAUAAAGCCCAGAGACCGCCCCACGCCCAGAUGUUCUGUGAAAGAUGACCGUCAGUCCCCCAGUCAUCACUGGAGUGAGAGUCAUCUUAUUCAUUCACAGGCUUUAGCCUCAUCGGCCUCCAGUGCCACCACACUGUUGUCGCUCUGCGAUUCAGAGGGCUCUCUCAAUGCCCCGGCAAAUAGGGAGAAUGGGUCUCAAGCCAUACCCUAUCAUUGCAGAAACCACCUGAGCUUCCCUGCCCACCCUCCAGAUGUGGAUGGCAAGAGCGAGUCUAGUUAUUCAGGGGGCAGGGGGCAUGGCGGUUCUGAGCCCUGGGAGUACAAAGGCUCCAGCAAUGGGCGGGCAUCCCCACUGAAGCCACACCCGGCCACCCCUGGUGGCUCUACUCCCACGAGUAACAUGAGCAGCUGCAGUUUGGACCAGGCGUCUGUCAAAGAGGAUGCCGGGUCCCUGUAUUCGGAGGACCACGACGGUUACUAUGUGAGCGCUCACAGUGAUUCUGGACAUGAGACGGCGGCGGCGGCGGCGGGGACCUCGUACCCUAUCAGUGAUGGCUUUGGGAACCCGAGGCACAGCAUGGUCAACGUUUUUGAUGGCAGGGCUCAGAGAAGCCAAGGGGACCAGGCCAGUCACCAGGAGAAAUCCCUUUCCAGAAACAUCUCUCUGAAGAAAGCAAAGAAGCCACCCCUGCCACCCUCCCGGACAGACUCUCUGCGGAGGAUCCCCAAGAAGAACAGCCAGUCCAACGGGCAGGUGCUCAACGAGAGCCUGAUCGCCUCUCUCCAGCACUCGCUGCAGCAAAGCCUCCCCGGUAAGGGCGGCAGCUCCCCUUCCCAGAGCCCGUGCAGUGACUUGGAGGAGCCCUGGGUCCCUCGGUCCAGGAGCCAGAGCAUUGUCAGUGAAGGCAGCAGCGUGACCUCCACCACCACUCCCAACGUGUACUCUCUGCGCGGGGUCACUCCGUCGCAGAGCGACACGAGCAGCGUCAAGUCAGAAUACACAGACCCUUGGGGCUACUACAUGGACUACACAAGCUUGCAGGAAGAUCCGGGGAACCCCCCGGGGGCCUGCUCUGGCAGCAGUGAGGCACCAACUGGAAAUGGGCCCGUCUGCCCCAUCCCAGAGGGGUCCAGAGCCCCAAUGCCCCAAGUGCCUGGCGGCUCGGGUAAACCAAAGAUCACCUCACCAGAGAAGUCACAGAGGGUCACCUCUCCAUCCAGUGGGUAUUCCAGCCAGUCGAAUACGCCCACAGCACUCACGCCCGUGCCUGUGUUUUUAAAAUCGAUGUCACCAGCAAAUGGGAAGGGGAAGGCCAAGCCCAAGGUUCCAGAAAGGAAGUCGUCCCUGAUCUCCUCCGUGUCCGUCUCCUCCUCGUCCACGUCCCUCUCCUCUAAUACUUCGACUGACGGAAGUGGCACCAUGAAGAAACUGGAUGCAGCCCUGGCCUCGCCCCUUGCCCCUCCCCCACCUCUGCCCUCCCCCUGCCUGGCAGACAGGUCCCCUUCUCUUCCACCGCCUCCUCCUCUAGCAGAUUGCCCCGACGGCUCUCCUCUGCCUCCCUCUCCCGUGUUCCCCCCUCCACCGCCAGAAGCUCUUGCUCCCUUCUGCUCCCCCACAGACAGGUGCCUUUCUCCUCCCCCCACGGCUCUUAGCCCCCCUCUUCCGAGAGCCUCACCCCCCUUGCCAGCACCUCCACCUUUCUUGCCCUCAUCAGAGCCCCCUCCCGCCCCACCCCUGGACCCCAAAUUCAUGAAAGACAACAGGCCUUCUUGCAAAAACUCCAGCCAGUCCGAAUCCUCCAGGGAGGCCGGCAGGCGGCCUGCCAGCAAGGAGGAGGGCUGCCGACCCCCCAUGCCCCUGAUCACCACGGAAGCGUUGCAGAUGGUGCAGUUGAAGCCAGUGAGAAAGAACUCAGGCGCCGAGGCCGCCCCGUUUUCUGAACCACCCGCUCAGGAACAACGAACCCCAACUGCUCCACAGUAUCACUUAAAGCCAUCUGCUCUCCUCAAAUCCCGAAAUAGCAUAAAUGAAAUGGAGAGCGAAAGCCAGCCUGCCUCUGUGACGAGCUCGCUGCUUCCGACGCCUGCCAAGAGCCAGAGUCAGGGUGACCAUGACAGUGCAGCCGAGCGUGGCGGCCUUCCGAGCCGCAGUGAUGGAGCUCCGUGUCCCGGGCCCAGCCUCAGGACCACACCGCUCCCAGACUCUUCACCCAGCAGGAAGCCACCCCCCAUCUCCAAGAAGCCCAAACUGUUCCUGGUGGUACCACCUCCGCAGAGAGAUUUCACAGCGGAGCCCACAGAGAACGGGAGCGCAGCAUUCCCAGGCGUGCCCAGCCCUACCAGGGCAGAGGGGGAGGCUGGGCACAGCCAAGAGGAGAAAGCCAGCCCAGCAUCCCGAGCUGGUGGUUCUCAUGCUCCGGCCCCCACCCCCGGCAGUCCGGUUCUGCAAAGAGGAGCUGCAGGGUCCUUGUCCCCUGGCAGCGUGGAAGCCAAUGCCCCCAUGGUCCAGCCCAGUGCCUCCCCGGGCCCCACACAGGAAGAGUCAGCCGAGAGCAGCGUGGAUGGUGUGGAUGGUGAGGACAAUGCGGAGAACUGCCUGUCUCAACGGGGCAGAGAAGCUGGGCUGCAGGAACCCACCACAGCUGCUUCCUCCUCAGAUGCCGCCGGGGACUUCUCUAAGGAAGAAGGGAGCGAUGACGUGAUGACCCCCACUAGACCCAGGACCACAGAGGACCUGUUUGCAGCCAUUCACAGAUCCAAAAGGAAAGUCCUUGGCCGGAAAGACUCCGAAGAUGAUCACACCCGGAAUCACUCCCCCUCCCCGCCAGUGACCCCCACGGGUGCUGCCCCGAGCCUGGCCUCUCCGAAGCAAGUAGGGUCCAUUCAGAGAAGCAUGAAAAAGAGUGCAACCAGCAGCGACAGCUUCAAAGCUCUGCUGCUGAAGAAGGGGAGUCGCUCGGACACCAGCGCUCGCAUGUCGGCCGCGGAGAUGCUCAAGUCCACGGACCCUCGGUUCCAGAGAUCCAGGUCGGAGCCUUCGCCAGACGUCCCGGACAGCCCGUCCAGCUGCUCCCCCAACAAGAACAGGAGGGCCCAGGAGGAGUGGGCCAAGAACGAAGGCCUGAUGCCUCGGAGUCUGUCCUUUUCAGGCCCUCGGUACAGCCGCAGCCGGACGCCACCCUCGGCGGCCAGCAGCAGGUACAGCAUGCGGAACCGCAUCCAGAGCAGCCCGAUGACCGUCAUCUCCGAGGGAGAGGGAGAACCUACCGAGCCGGCGGACAACAGAGAGCGCAGGGCCCUGGAUGCUGCCAGGGGAUGCUCUCUGGACAGGCUGGAGGGCCAGAUGGUGGACCGGGACAGCCUGCUGUGUAGGGAGGAGCCUGCCUCUGUAGAUGGGCUGGGGAGGGCAGAGGGCAAAGGUCUCUCGGAGCACUGUGGGGGUCCUGAAGAGUUAGGGUCAGAACCUGCCUCUCUUGAGUGAGGCGGGCGGGCAGUGCAUCACUCUCGGAAGUCUAUGUGGCCUUUUCCUGGCUUGUGGGGACCCCACUCAGCAUUGGUGUUGGGGAGGUCUCAGCCUUGCGGGUCACUUAGGACUCAUUCGCCACGUGGCUUAAAAGCAAGUAGAAGCUUCAACUUCUGAAAGUGCUUCCUGGGGAAGAUGUUUGUUUAUUUGUUUGUUUGUUUGUUUGUUUUUCCCAAAAACGCCGGGUGUGUGUAUAUGUGUGUAUUUUGAACGCUUCAUUCUAACACAUACACACACUAACAUUGUGUAUAGAAUUAGGAGAAAAAAGUCAGAGUUAAGGUAAAAACGAGUCGUGGAGACUUCUGGACCAUGAUGGUAACUGCUUUCAAAGCGUUAUGGGUAUGGGAAUGAGUAAGUUCACUAAGCCGAGACUUGAAGCUGUUACUUCUAAGAGGCAUUGGGUUGGUUCUAAACAUGGAUGCACACGCGCUAUAGCUCGAGACACACAGGGAAACCACGAAGAGGCUGGGAAACGGCUAAGCAACUCAAUGGUCCGGGUACUUUUGUGGGGAAGGGGCCUUGCUG